CCCAAAGCAACACAAAGAAAAUAUUUGCUCUCUCUACUCUAGCUACAGUUUCAUAUACAAUUGUCUAUAGUAAUCCAAAAAGAUGGCAAUUAUCAAGAACAAACACAUAUCAUUCUCAUUGGUCUUGUUGUGUCUCAUUGUGGUGUCUCCAAUGGCUAUGGCUCAGUUACCAAAUUUUCUCAACCUCCCCCUUGUCACUGGGCUUUUAUCUUGCACUGUCAAUGGCGCCCCUCUCAAUGGCACUUCUACCACUCCGGCUUUCGCUAAUGCGAUCGUCCAGCUCCAGUGCGGAAGCCAAAACACAGUCGUGUCGCAAACGACUACUAACGUUGCCGGAAUAUUCACGCUUUCUACAGGCGCACUUUCGAUUCCCGCACUCCUCAGCGGUUGUCGUGUCGUCGUCCCAACCCCUCGCGCUAGCUGCAACGCCACCCUCCCUUCCGUCGGACAACUCAUCUCCCCGUUAAUGGCCGUCGGCAGCCUCGUAUCCGGCAUCCUCAACAUAGUCCCUCUCGUCCCAAGUGGCUUUAUCCCCACACUUUAACUGAUUCCGAACUAAGCUAAACUAUAUACUUUAUGUUCGGUUACCGUGUAUUUCCCUUGUGCUUUGUGUUUUGUGUCAUGACCAUCUCUCUACGUUUGUUUGCGUAUGCAUCAAUAAGGUCAAGUUUAUGUCUCAGUCUUUAAAAUAAAAGCUAUUGUAACUUCUGUUUCCAUGUCAAUUUGCAUGUAUAAUGCUAUAAUAAAAUGUAACAAAUAAUUUCCCUUUAUUUCUGUA